GAUAACGUAUCAUUUUAUAAACGACUCAAGGUCACCAUGAGUUCAGCACCACCUGGUUUACCAUUUUAUCCUUUGGCCAACCCAAAGGGUACUGAUUAUAAAUGCGAAAUCUGUGGCAAACCAGCGCUACUACAAUGUUCACUUUGUCGCGUCACAUUUUACUGUGGAACGGAACAUCUGAAACUCGAUUGGGUUGGGAUUCAUGAAAAAAUAUGUAUUAAAUUGAUGGCUAUCAGAAAGCCAGUCAGCUUCAUAGCGUCCGAGGAUGGUCGGCGCAAGGCUCGGGAUGAGCUGCAACAGACAAACUUGGAUAUGGUCAAGCUUACUCAGUUGGUCGGCCAAAAACUGCUGUUCGAAGGCAAGCAUGAGGAAGCGGUGCCUGCCGCUUUACAGUGUCUGAAGUUUACAGCCGAGGCCUAUGGACUAGCUAGCGCUGAGCUUGUCUCACCCUACCUAAUUCUUGCUGAAUCCAGCAUCGGCCUGGGACGCAUGUGUCAAGCAGAGGGAUAUCUGGCUCAGGCUCAGUGGACAUUGUUGAAAACGCAGCACGAAUGCUCAAAUGCCAUUCGCUCCCAGCUGCAUCGCAAGUUGGGACUUUUCUAUGCAGCUAAAGAAGAUUAUGAAUCUGCUCUGGAAAAUUUGGCUAAGGACAUAUUCUACGCCUCCUGUGAAUAUGGCACUGAUCAUAUUCGUACGGCGGGUGGCUAUUUCCAAAUGGCGGAAGUAUUUCAUGCAAUCCACAAGAGAGACGAAGAAAAAUGUUUGGAAACACUGAACAACCCACAAAAUAAUUCAGGCCCACCUAUUCCAACAGGUCCAUCAGCAGCCCAACAGAUACCCGGAGUCCCACAGUCAUUUCCAAAAACUACUGCCUUAUCAGCUAUUCACUGCUGUGUGCCGGGUCCCCCUUGCGUACAUACUGGAGCUGAGCAGCCGUUAACACCGCCAACUGAUAAACUGGCUGUUGCCGACAGCUUGUAUGCCAGAGUAGUUGACAUCUGGUGCGUCCAUUUGGCUGAGAUCGUGCGUGCCGUCACGCAUCGUCCAGUAAUUCCCGAGGGGAUAGGAGCCGUUGUGGCGGAAAUCACACAAGAAAAAAUGAAAACAUUAGAUGAUGCACAAAAAGCUGAAGCGGAAAAGAUGUUGUACGCAAUUGAGAAGUAUCGUCAUCAACGUCUAGUUCUAGAAACAUCUGUACCUAUUCAUCAUGGGCUCGGAAGACCAGACCCAAAAGUCCGACUUCUUCUCGCUUUGUCGAUGUUCAAUUUUAUCUCGGAUCGGAGAAGCAAAGCUGCACAGUACUUGGCUGAUGCUAAAGUAUCCUACGAAUUUGCAAUCCCACACGAAAUACUUAAGGAGGAAAUCCAAUUAAUGAUGGACGCACUCGAGCCAAGGGCUGAGCCUUGCAUCGGUGCUAAGUAGACUGCCAACUGAGUCAUUCUCCCAAUCACAAACGCAAGGAUGAUUUAGCUCGCCCUGGCCAGUGUAUGAUUUCCUACAACCGCGGGUUACCCGAAGAUCUUCGACUGUACAAAUUUCGGUGGAAAAGGAAUCGUUUUUUCGAACGUACACCAGUGGUCUUAAAGUCAGUAAUAUCAUUUAAAAGGACGAAGUACUCAGCGAUCCUACAAACAGGUCAAACUCUGCCUAAACGCAUGCACGCUUUACGCGUCCCACAAAUCUUCUAUUGGUUAUUGAGACUGAAAGUCCACACCCUAGUAACCUGCUACUCAACUUAUGUCUCUAUAUUCCUAUCAUUCCGUCAACCGAAACUGUUGGAACUAGGACAUCCCAGAUGUUGUCAUUGGCCUUCAUUUUCUCUUUCCAAAACGGUUAGCCUAAGUAAGAAGUAAUGGAAACGCUUUGAGGCUGCAUAUAUCAUAUUAAUGAAACAUUUCAAGUGCAGCCUAAAAUGGGAUCUCUUCCUAAGACAUUAAAGCGUUUAUCAUCCCCUGUUAUCUCUUGAAUACUAAAAGAAUACUGAGGCCUCGUACAAAGAGGAAGAUUUCUUAGGAAUGGACAAGCAC